GCGGCAUGCCCCGAUGCCUAUACAGCACAGAGAGUUUGGCACCUUUCAAGGUUUCCUACAGAAAUAACCACAAUGACUACAGACUCUUAACCCCCCAAAACAUUAAUUUGUGUACCUUCUGACCUCAUGUCAACCGACAGAAUUCACAAAAAAAGUUCUCACAUUUGCACAAUAAAACCCCAAAUUUAAAGGAUUUCGCGAGCAGUAAACGCUUUUGCCCUUAAGCAUGCGCAGUAGCGGCUGUUUCCCGUUAAUUCCUAGGCUUCACCGCCUGCCCCCUCCCAACCUCAGCUGUUCCUACAAAUGCUCUAUAGUUUAACCCAAUGAACAGUGUAAGUUCUUGUACAGUUAAUUGGUUUAACCUGAAAUGCGUCGUUUAAGAUCGAUGCAUGUAGGCUACCUAAAAUGUUCUUGAUACAUUUUACCCCGCGUUAGAUUUGGCCUAAUAAGCUGUUCGCAUUGGUGAAACUUAGUUGUUUUUACAACUAUGUACAAUUCUAUGUGUGUAGCCUAUGCUUUAUGCUUUCAGCUGUUGUUCUGAUUCAAACGAUAUAAAUGAAUCGAAAUCUAUGAAUCGAAAUAUAUGGUUUUCCAACCCAAGUCAUAGUUUGUGCGGUUAUCGGCUCGUGCAUUUUACAUGGUCGGAUACAAUUACUUCAGCCCCUGAAACAGGAUGCCUCGAACGGGCUCCGAGUCAUUGUUAUAGAGACACUGCCACUGUGCCACACGUAGGGUCGCCUGCUUCGCAGCUUCCCUGAACUUCAUUGAUUUAAUUUCUGACGUUAAAAUAAAAAUGUGGACUGCUUUUUAAAGUGAAAACCUAAAUGUCAGCUGUGGUCUGUUGAUGGUUUAACCUGAGCGGCAAUACUUCGGGCUGUCAUGGAUACCGAGCGCGACUGCACAAGCACCAAUGAAGCCGAGACCGAAGGCGCGAAUGUGGCUGACGUGUCUGUAGAGGUGGCCACUGUGGAUGCCAUACUGGACAAGCUCUGCCGGAAGUACAGUCGAAAGAGGCGGAGGGACUGGAAGAAAGAGAAGAAGAAGAGACAUCCUCUGUGGAACCUGCAGAGCUUGGCCAUCCUCAUCAUUGUAGUGAUUUUCAUUAUAGUGGUGGUCAUGUGGUCACUGCUGUGGAUUUUCAUAUUUCGGAGGGAGAGCAGCAGUGGCGUUUAUUUUGCGGGGAUGUUCCAAGUUGCCAAUGUGGAGUUUAUUCCAGGAUACCGACACACUGGAUCCAGUGAGUUCCUGUCUAUGGCAAACAGGAUUCAAUAUGUGGUGAGCAGUGUGUACAGGAAGUCUUCUAUAUCCAGACUCUACAGGCAAGCUGUGAUAACAGACUUAAGCAGUAACGAGGGAGGUGUGCUGGUGCACUUCUGGAUGGUGUUUGCUGUCCCUCAGCUGAAGAGUACAGCAGUGUGUGAGGAGUGCGUUAGUGCCAUUAUGCGGAACUCUGUGCUCACCAGCCUACAGAACAGAUCCUCCAUUGGCUACCUGAUGGGCCUGCCAGUUGACAUGGACACCAUCAUUAUCAAUGCUGCUCUGCGUUCAGACUACACAGGGACUUCGGCAGACUCUCAGUGUGUUGAUAAGCUGUAUGCUAGCAUGCUAGGAGGCAAAGUACCCCUCAAUGUCUUCUCCUCCUGGGGAGGGCUCAGCUGCCAUAUCAAAUUGACUUCUGCCCCUGGAUCUCUGAUUCGCCUCACAAUCACUGCCUUCCAAAUUGAGGCCAGUGACUGCGUGAAUGAUGGUCUCACUGUGUAUGAUGCCCUGCUGCCCAUGAGAAGCAGGACUCUCCACAAGUUGUGUGGACCUGUGUCCCAUGCUGUGUCCCUGGUGUCCACAGGCAAUGUGAUGCUCCUGUCCUUCAGACUAGAGCAGGGAAGUAAGAGCUUUAGAGGACACUUUCAGGCCAUCGCGAAGGAAAGUUGCUUCAGUGUGAUCCAGUUGGAGUCAAAAACUGGAUUUAGUGGAGAGAUCAGCAGCCCCUUUUACCCUAGCCUGCUGCCCCCUUACUGUACCUGCACCUGGCACUUUCAGAGCCCACAUCCUUCUCUUGGUGUGGCCCUAACAUUUAAAAACUAUGUGCUGAGUCAGAAAGACCUGAGGAGCUGUGAACAUGGCUGGUGGAAAGUCAAUGAGAGCAUAUACUGUGGCAGCCACAUUGGCCAUGCCACCGUGUUCUACAUUCCAGACCCUAACCCCGAGGUGGUGUUCCGGUGCAGCUCCCGUGGAGCCGACCCACCUAUCACCGCCACGUACCAGACCUUCAACAUCAACCAGCCCUGCCCUGAUGGACACUUCCUGUGCUCCACGGGGCUUUGUGUGGACAAGAAACGCUGCUGUGAUGGAUUGGACGACUGCAUGGAUGAGAGUGAUGAACUGUUCUGCGCCAAGCCUUCCAAAAAUUGUGCUGGUUCCACCCCUUUGCACCCACUGUAUGUCUGCAAUGGAGAGAGGGACUGUGACAAUGGCAAGGAUGAAACCAACUGCACUCUGGAAACAAGUUGCUCAGAUAUUCGGUUCCAGUGCAGGAGUGGAGCCUGCAUUCUUAAGAGAAAUGCUAAGUGUGAUGGUGUAUUUGACUGUUCGGACCACAGUGAUGAGAGCGACUGUGCCUGUGGCCUGCCCAGCCUGGGGAGGUGGGGCCAGGGGCGUGUAGUGGGCGGUGCCAAUGCUCUGGAGGGAGAGUGGCCAUGGCAAGUCAGUUUGCACUUUGGAGGACAUCUCUACUGUGGUGCGACUGUCAUCUCAGCUGAAUGGCUCCUGUCAGCAGCUCACUGUUUCAGCAGGGAGAGGUUGUCAGACCCACGGCAAUGGAGAGCUCACCUUGGGAUGCUCACUCAGGGAGCUGCUAAACAUGUAGCGGAGAUCCGCAGGAUUGUGGUGCAUGAAUAUUACAACGCUCUGAACUUUGACAAUGACAUCGCCCUGUUGCAGCUCAAGAAGACCUGGGCCCCCUCCCUGAACACCUACAUCCAGCCCAUCUGCUUGCCCCCUCCCUCUCAGGCUGUCACUGAGACACACACCUGCUGGGUUACAGGCUGGGGGUACCGCUCUGAGCAAGAUAAAGUUCUUCCAUCCAUUCUCCAGAAGGCAGAGGUGGGAGUGAUCAGCCAGUGGGAGUGUAAGAGGAGCUUUGGCCUGGUGUCGCCCCGCAUGCUGUGUGCGGGUGUUCCAUCAGGGGAGAGCGAUGCCUGUCGGGGUGAUUCAGGGGGUCCCCUGUCCUGCCAGAUGCAAAGAGGAAGCCAUUGGUUCCUUACAGGGAUUGUGAGUUGGGGUGCAGGUUGUGGGAGGCCAAAUCUACCUGGGGUCUACACCAGAGUGGCCAAGUUCAUCACCUGGAUUCAGAGCCAUACUCUCCAUUCAGAGGCAUUGCAGAACCAAAGCCCCCAGUAAAGCUGAAUAUGGUGCUACAUAAAUACUCUCCCAAUCAAAUUGAAUAGCAUUUGUGCAUUUCCACAUUUGUUAAAAUGAGCAUUGUGCCUCUUCUGCUUAGUCUUCAAAUUACUUUUUAAUAGAAUUAUUAAACUGGAGAAUUAAUCUGA